AAAUCCAAUCUCAUUCGAAAGCCAGGCCCAUAUUUACCAUCGUUCUGCACCCUGUCUUAGCCAACAAGUCUGAUCAAGAUCCCCUUAUAAUAAUAAACUUUCUAUACAACCAAAACAAAAAUUAAAUCAAAUCAAGACUUUCACACAAUUGAUUCGACUCUGUUUUGCUCUCUUUCUUCACUCAUAGCUCUAAUUUCUGAUCCAAUAAUCAACGAUGGCUCCGACAAUGGAGACGUCCGAACCCGCGCAGCUUUCAGGACCCGAAUCAGCUUCUGAGAGAACCCUUUAUCCUUACGUGACUGGGACAUCUGUUGUUGCUUUGAAAUAUAAAGAUGGCAUUUUGAUGGCUGCUGACAUGGGAGCAUCUUACGGAUCCACCUUGCGGUACAAGAGUGUGGAGCGAAUUAAGCCUAUCGGGAAGCAUUCUCUUCUUGGUGCCAGUGGAGAAAUUAGUGAUUUUCAGGAGAUUCUUCGCUAUCUUGAUGAGCUUAUCCUGUAUGACAAUAUGUGGGAUGAUGGAAACUCUUUGGGUCCCAAAGAGGUGCACAACUAUCUGAAAAGGGUGAUGUACAAUAGGCGCAACAAAUUUAAUCCGUUGUGGAACUCAGUUGUUCUUGGUGGAGUGAAAAACGGACAAAAGUAUCUUGGCACGGUCUCUAUGAUUGGAGUAAAUUAUGAGGACAAUCACGUAGCCACUGGAUUUGGAAAUCACCUUGCACGGCCAUUACUUCGUGAUGAGUGGCAUGAGAACCUUAGUUUUGAAGACGGUGUCAAGUUACUGGAGAAAUGCAUGCGUGUCCUGCUUUAUCGUGAUAGGUCUGCUGUGAACAAGCUUCAGAUAGCUAAAAUUACUGAAGAAGGUGUAACAAUUUCACCCCCAUAUUCACUGAAGACAUUCUGGGGAUUCUCUGCAUUCCACAAUCCAACAGUUGGUGCAGAAGGGUCAUGGUAGACUAGUGUUGUUGCUCUCCUUCCUUAGUCUAAAUUUCCAAAAUAUGGAGGAAUGUGUCAAUUUGUUGCCGCAUUGCCCUAAUGUUUAGAGCUUUCAGUACUGCUGUGUUUAAUGUCGUAUUAACUUUCUUACAUUUCAUUUUGCUGUUACUGGUUAAAGAUUGUGCAAUCCUUGAUGAUAUUUUGAUCAUUA